AUGGGUGUGCUCUUUCAGUUAGGAUGCUUUAUAGGCUCUUAUUUUUGGGGAAAUCUCUCUGAUCGUAAUGGAAGGGCUUCAGCAGUCAAAAAAUCUGGAUUUAUUUUUAUUUUUGUUUAUUUAGUUUGAAUUUUUGCUGAUAAUAUUUUUAUUAUUUUGAUUUUAUGUUUUGCGUCUGGUUUUGGAAAUACAGCAGAAAUGGUAAUUACUCCUGUUAUUUUCAAAGAAUUUUGUCCUACAAAGAAUCUGAAUUUUAUAACAAAAUUGACUUCAGGGUUUUCAUUAGGUGGAGGAUUUCUCGCAUUUAGCGCAAUUUCAAUUGAGUUAAUAAAUAGUAAUUAUGCAUAUUUAUGAUGAAUAGCUCGCUGAGGAAAUUUUUUGGUUUGAUCUAAGCUAGUAGAUGUCUGAGUUACCGAAAAUUUCUCCUGAGAGGCUAAUUUAGGUUUACAUUUAGAGGUCGAAUUACCAUUUUAUGGUGGAGCCAAAGCUCACUGCGCUAGAGGCAAUUAUUACCCACCGCUAGUGAUGACAAGGCGGUUUAUCUUCAUAUCUCAGGUCCGUUGUCCUGACUGAAGGCCCGUCUUCGAAGUGAUUACACUCAAUUAGCUUGAAUCUCUUAUUGGAGUCCGUGAGCUGCGGAUUUGCUUCCAUUUUGCCUUAACAAUCCAUCUCUCUGCCAACUUUGAAUCGCAUAGAGGUUAGGGUAGCCUGCACUACUCAGUCUUCGUCCUAUGCGCCUUUAUGCAGUCCAUCUCGCCAGCAUCCAAUCCCAGGAACCCAAGGUCUGUUGGCCAGAUGAUAGGGAUGAGGAAAAGCUCCUCUGCUGAGGAGCAAAAACUUCAUCUAGGUAGAAAAAUUAGCUCAGGGUCAGUCAAGCUACUCAUUUUAUGGUUCAUAUUUUUCUGGGGCUAUUUAGUGUAAGGUACUAUAUUUGCCUGAUUGAUGCUUUAUGGCAAUAAUUUCUCUUGUAGGUCAUAUUACAAUGUCAAUAUUAAGGAUAGGGUUAGAUGAAACUCCAAUGUUCUUACUCCCCCCCCUCCGUGAGUGAACAAAAUCAAUAGAAAAAUCGCUAUUUUUUGCCCAAAAAACCCCACCCUCCGUGAGUGAACAAAAAUGUUUUUAAUAGAAAAAUCUUUUAUGGAAAAAUAAAUUGAUAUAUAAGUGAUAAUUAGUAUAAUGAAAUUUUGAGCUAAUUCUGUGUAAUUUUAAACAAAUUGCGUUUUAAAACAUAAAUUUUAUAAAUUAAAUUAAUAUUUGCUUUCCAAUUCUUGCAAAUUAUGAUUUUUUAAAAUUUCGAAAAAAAAAAACUUUCUAUAAAAUUUAUAUAUAAAAAAAAAAUUAACCCCCCUUUGUGAGUGAACAAAAUUUUUUUGUUCACUCACGGAGGGGGGAGUUAGCAUCAAAGGCCAAAUAUGACCAGGCUAAAGAAUUAUUAUCUAAAAUUGCAAAAACCAAUGGUAAAGAAUCUAUUUCAAUCAGCAUUUUUCCCACAGAAAGUGCUAAUACUCAAAUUAAUAAGCCUCCUAUAAAAAUGAAAGCUAUUUUUUCCAAAAAAUACGUAAAAUCAACGAUUUUUGUAUCAAUAAUUUAUUUUAUGGUAUAUUUUGGAAGUUUUAGCAUGAAUUUAUUCAUGCCCCGAUUUUUGCAACAAUUUUCAUUUUCAGUAAGAUACACAAUAAUCUUAAUCCAACAAUUAUCAGGUAUCCCAGGUGCAUUUUUAGCAUCUUUUCUGGUUAACACAAAGCUUGGGCGCAAAUAUACGCUUUUAUUAUCUAUGGCUCUAACAAGUUUCUCAAUUUAUUUAUUUAUUUUCCUAGAGCAUAUUGUUGCAGUAAAAAUUAUAUAGGUAAUACUUGUCAUUAUAAUGCUUGCAUCGGUUAAUUUUGCAAGCUUGGGGUCACUUUUUACAAUUUCUCCUGAAAUUUAUCCGACUGAAAUAAGAAAUUCUGCUAUGGGAUUUUUCUUUACAUGGUCGAGAAUUGGAUCAUCAAUAUCACCUUUUAUCGGUGGGAUGAUCUUGGAUUUAGAAAAUGGAAAAGAAAUAGCAUUGGCGUUAUUUGCGUCUGGAUAUUUAAUCGCAAGUUUGUGCACAAAUUUUAUAGAAGAGACACGACCUUCAUUAAAAAGUACAAAUUUGAUUGAUGAAGAUAGCCAGCCAUAG